AUGGCCCAUUCAAUAUCAACUGAUUCACCCCAAACCCCCGAGCCAGCCUUCGAAUCCCCUUUGACUCGAGUUGAAACACGAACCAGUCUUCGCGAUGCCGGCAUCACCGAGAACCCUCCUCCCCUUGACUACAACUAUCCAGAUAUUGGGCGUAAAGAGAAUCCAAUAUUUCCCGAUGAGUAUGUUGUCGAAACAAGCACUGGUCUUGUUCCCCAAACAACCCUAGAACGAGUCAGAUCUCAAAAUUCGAGUUCCACUAUCGCAACACGCCGAAAUGAUCUUCAGUCGGACCCCGAAAAUGCGUCUGAAAAAGUGACAGAAUUCGUUACAUUCAAAAUUGGCGAUCCAGAACACCCCUACAAUUGGUCUCGCGCUUAUCGAUGGUAUAUUACUCUGGUUGCUUCGGCUCUAGUUGUGUGUAUUGCCUAUGGCUCAUCCAUCGUCACUGGCGGCUUGGGACUGAUCGAGGAACAAUAUAAUGUUUCUUUGGAAGUUGCCAUUCUAACAUGUUCAAUCAUGGUGUGCGGCUUUGCCGUCGGUCCUCUUCUUUGGUCCCCCCUCUCUGAGAUUAUUGGAAGAAGGCCCGUUUAUAUCAUCUCGCUGGGAUUGUAUGUUAUCUUCAACAUCCCAUGUGCAUUGUCACCAAACAUUGGUGGUUUGCUUGUCUGCCGAUUCCUGUGUGGUGUUUUCUCUAGUUCUGGCCUGUCCCUGGCCGGGGGAACUAUUGCCGACAUAUGGAAUAUCGAGGAACGCGGCAUGGCUAUUGCUUACUUCGCUGCUGCGCCCUACUGUGGUCCAGUCGUUGGCCCCAUCGUGACCGGCUGGAUCAAUGUGGGUAGUGGCCGGCUUGACCUAUUUUUCUGGACCAACAUGGCUUUUGCUGGUGUGAUCAUGAUCCUUGUCGGCUCUAUCCCGGAAACCUACGCACCCGUGAUCCUAAAGCGACGAGCCGCAAAGCUCCGGAAAGAAACCGGAAAUCCAAACAUUCUCACUGAACAAGAGCAACGCAAACUGACACUCCGUGACAUUGCACGCACGAGCUUGAUUCGCCCCAUUACGAUGAUCAUGACUGAACCGGUUCUUGAUCUAAUGUGCAUGUAUAUCGUGCUCAUUUACUCUAUGCUCUACGCGUUUUUCUUCGCAUAUCCGGUGAUCUUUGGCAAAUUGUACAACUAUAAUGACGGCCAAAUAGGCUUGAUGUUCAUUCCUAUUUUAAUCGGUGCCGGUAUCUCUUUACUCGUGACACCGGCGAUCGAAAAGCAAUUCAAACGGAUUUGCGCCUCGCGCGCCCCGACCCCCGAGGAUCGACUGUUCGCGGCACUGAUUGGCGCCCCUUUCAUCCCUGUCUCAUUUUUCUUGCUUGGUGCUACGUCUUUCAAGCACAUAAUUUGGGUUGGGCCCGCCUCUUCGGGGAUCGCUUUCGGUUUUGGGAUGGUUUUGUGCUACUACGCGGUCAACAACUACAUCAUCGACUCGUACCAGAAGUACGCUGCCUCCGCUUUGGCAGCGAAGGUCUUCCUUCGAUCUGGAGGAGGUGCUGCAUUCCCUCUGUUUACGACGCAGAUGUAUGAUCGGCUAGGGCUCCAAUGGGGCUCGUGGCUUCUGGCGUUCAUUGGGGUGGGAAUGGUCUUCAUCCCCUACAUCUUCUAUAUCUUUGGUGGGAAACUGCGUGCAAAGCUCAGUCAUGAUUGA